AAUCACAAACCCCACAUCUACAUUCUACUACAGUUCUGUUACACCAACCAUCUAUGGAACAAUCACAAACCCCACAUCUACAUUCUACUACAGUUCUGUUACACCAACCAUCUAUGGAACAAUCACAAACCCCACAUCUACAUUCUACUACAGUUCUGUUACACCAACCAUCAACCUCACGACCACAUUCUUCUACAGUGCCUCAGUGUCAGUCACAGAUACAGCCACCACAGCUGCCUGUAGUACAUCCCCUAUCAGUUCACCACUAUCGGCCUCUGCAUCACGACCCACAGCAGCCAAUCCCGCAGCAGUGUUUACACACACAGCCCCACCCACAGGCAACACAGCAGCAGCAACAGAGCCAUCUAAAUGGACAGGUAUUGCCAAACCAACAGCAGCAGCAGCUGUGUUCAAUAACACAAAGACAGAAAGACAUCACCAAGCAGCAGCAGCAGAUUCCUCCAUUGUUCAAUGUGGAGCAGCCAGGGGGGCUCCAGACUCACCACGGCCACCCCCAGCAUGGGCACCUCUGCCUGGGGGAAGCUUCCCUGGGCCUCCCCUACAGGAACCAGCUGAACACUUUGUCUGUUAGCCACUCUUCAGUGCUCUCCUCUUAUGUACCCACCACAGGCCUCCAGAGCCAGGGAGUGGACGGAGAGCUCAUGCCCCAGAAUUUGGAGGAGUUGCUGGGCAGCCUGGAGUCCAGUGGUCCCCGAGGGACAGAGGAUGGUAGGGGAGCGCUCCAGUCGAGUGUGGUGGAGGCCCUGGGUGUGUUCCAGCAGCAGAGGCACCUCCCUGACGACCUGGCUCAGCCUCAGGCCACCAGCCAGGGCUGCGCUCAGCAUGCCUAUCCCCUGGCUAUGGGGCUCAGCCAGGUCAAUAGAGCAGAGUGGCCAUUCACCACACAGUUCCAGAACGGGAGCCUGAAAGAGGCUGGUCCAGCCCCUGGCCCUGUACCCAACCCUGAGUCCUCCAGGGAUGCAGACCAUGGACAUGCAGCAGCAAAGCAGCCAAUUCACCAGCCUCCUCCUCCCUCUGCUGAGAGCAGGCCCUACUCUGACCUCCCUCCGAGUGGAUUUAUGUGAGACUGAAGGCCCCCCUCCCUGGAGGCUCCAGAACCAGACAUUCCAAGGCCAGCCAGCUGCCCCCGGUCCCCCGGAGGGAGCAGAGCCCUGACUGACGACAGCCACACAACAGAGGCCAGGGAUAAGGAUCCUCCUGUCUGGCACCCAGCUGCACAUGGCUCCCCUGCGACCACUAAGACUGUUUCCCAAAUGUGCCCUUGUCAAAAGUAGUACACUAUAUAGGGGAUAGGGUACAAUUUGGGCUGCUGUCUAAAACAGGAACCAGGGCAUGUCUGGGAAUAUGGAGGACUUGGACUGGAGAGGUCCCGUGUCGAUCAUUUUGUUAGAGCUUGGCACUUGCAACGCCAGGGUUGUGGGUUCGAUUCCCAUGGGGGACCAGUAUGAAAAUGUAUGCACUCACAACUAUAAGUCGCUCUGGAUCAGAGCAUUUGCUAAAAUACUCAAAUGUAAAAGUGAGAUUCACAUCCAGAGAGACUGAACGUCAGACAGCAGGCAGAGGGACAGUCCGAGACAGAGAGAUUGUGACAGAUAGAUGGAGGGAGACCAGAGGAAGUGGAUAAUCAAUCAAAUUUAUUUAUAAAGCCCUUCUUACAUCAGCUGAUAUCUCAAAGUGCUGUACAGAAACCCAGCCUAAAACCCCAAACAGCAAGCAAUGCAGGUGUAGAAGCACGGUGGCUAGGAAAAACUCCCUAGAAAGGCCAGAACCUAGGAAGAAACCUAGAGAGGAACCAGGCUAUGAGGGGUGGCCAGUCCUCUUCUGGCUGUGCCGGGUGGAGAUUAUAACAGAACAUGGGCAAGAUGUUCAAAUGUUCAGCAGGGUCAGAUAAUAAUGAUCACAGUGGUUGUAGAGGGUGAAACAGGUCAGCACCUCGGGAGUAAAUGUCAGUUGGCUUUUCAUAGCCGAUCAUUCAGAGUAUCUCUACCACUCCUGCCGACUCUAGAGAGUUGAAAACAGAAGGUCUGGGACAGGUAGUACGUCCGGUGAACAGGUCAGGGUUCCAUAUCCGCAGGCAGAACAGUUGAAACUGGAGCAGCAGCACAACCAGGUGGACUGGGGACAGCAAGGAGUCAUAAUGCCAGGUAGUGCAUAGAAAUGUAAUGGACUAAUGACCUGUUUGAUUGUGGAACUCUUGUCAGCCAUUUUGUUUGUCCAGAAAAACAUCCUGUUGGUGCAGUCAUGGUUUACUGGUCAGUGUGUCAGCAUGCCCUGUCAUCAACCUGAUGUAAUACUGAACAAGCAGUUCUUCCAUUGGUCAAUGAGUAAGAUGAGAUGAUGCAGAACUCAAAUGUUACCAAUCCGCUGAGCCCAUAUUCAUAAAGUAUCUCUGAGUAGGACUGCUGAACUAGGAUCAGUGUUUUCUUUUAGAUCAUAAUGAAUAUGAUUAUAUGGAUAAGUGGGGUGGAUCUGAUCCUAGAUCACCACUCCUACUCUAAGACACUUUAUGAAUACGGAGCCUUGCUUUUAAAUAUAUAUAAGCCAUUGAUUGCUUAGAAAUAAUCACUUGCAUUUAAAGGUGCAGUUGAAUGAAACAAACCGUAAGCUAUUUGAGCUAUCCAUGAGAUGGAGUAUCUGUCUACACUGUGCUUGAUAUUUUUGUACAGAAUUCAUUGGCAAUCCUACUAAAUCAUGAAGUAAUAUUAUGAGCAAUUUGAUCACUUUAUGGAUCCUGUCUAUCUGUUCUUCAGCCCACUCACUUGCAUUGCAAGACAGGCAAAGUAAUAAUAAUUUACAGAUGAGUUAGUAGUCCAAGACCUAAUGACAUUUUCUACAUCUCAAAUAGCACUUUAUGCCCUAUUUGGUGCACUACUUUUGACCAGGACCCAUUGGGCUCUUGUCAAAGUAGUGAGCUAUAUUGUGAAUAGGGUGCCAUCUAUAGGGAAUAGGGUGCCAUCUGGUUCAUUGCCAUUGAGUUCAAGUGGCAGAUCAAUGUGUUUGAUCUACAUAUCUAACUUGAAGAAAAUGUAUGCACUUCUUUAUGUCAAAAUAACCUAUUGCACUCUGAGUGAAAGUAGAAGACUGUUGUAUGUAGCACUAUAAAUAAUGUACCUUGUUUAACUGAGCUAAUCAUGUUCAUGUUGCUAUGCAGAAUAGUGCAGUGGAACAUUAGACCCCUUGUUGUUUGGAGGUCUGUCACUUCAUUGACAUAAUUCUGUGAAAGUCAGGGUUUAUUUAAUUUAUUCUGUCAAAAGACAAAUCAAACUUUGAAUAUGUUCAAAUUCAAUCAAUGAAAAUGUUCAGUUUUGCAUUUGUUUGUAUUUUGUAUGAAAUUGUGUACAAUUUAUGUAAUGAGCAAAUCAUGACACUGCAGGAAGAGAAAGUUUACCAUUAUUCUGUUCUUUCACACGCUGAUAAAUGUUGACCAAGUA